GAAGACAGGUUGUGUCCCGCGUUAAAGACGAGUACACAUCGUGGAAAUCCAAAAGUUACACAAGAAAAAAACAGAACGUUAAGCCUCUAAAAACCCUUUAUAAAAUGACUGUCCUUCUCUAUCUUUUUCAAUCAAACAGUAUCUUUCUAAAUCAUUUUGCUCCUUUCUUCCUCUACUCUACGGUGCCCAAUUGAACAAUAAUUCGAAUCAGCUCCAAUUUUUCCAAUCAUGGCAACUCAACAACAACAUGGGAAUGGGAGACCUCUUCCUAAAUUUGGGGAAUGGGAUGUGAAUGAUCCAGCCUCGGCUGAAGGGUUCACUGUCAUAUUCAACAAAGCUAGAGAUGAAAAGAAGACUGGUGGGAAUCCCAAGGGUGGGGCAAUAGCAUCAACUCCAAAAUAUGGUGACCUUAAACAAAACCAUGAAUCAAAGUACUCAAAAAAGAGCAAAUGGUGGUUUUGCUGUGGUUAAUAAAUCCCCCGGAUGAAGAGACUUGGUGAGGAUUUUGAGUACAUAAAUAAUCCAAUCGAAGAUGGAAAGCAGAACAAGUUCCAUACCUCCUAACUAUAUGAAUUAGAAUUUUAUUCUUAUUUUUUUUAAAAGGCUUUUCGUUGAAUGUAUACGAAGAGAGUAAUGUAGAUAGACGAAUCUUUAUUUUUUUUGGCAAUGAAUUCAAAAAAUUUGCUCUUUC